AUGUCUAAGUGGAACUAUUUAGCUAGUGCUCAUAAAUCAAGUGCGGUUGCUGCAUCUUUAGUCUGCAAUUUUACGUCCCCUGACGAAAGAAAUCUUCUAGUUGCUAAAGGCAAUAGAAUUGAAGUUCAUACUCUGACCCAAGAAAACAUCAUUCCAAUUCAAGAAUUUUCCCUGUUCGGCACAGUUCUGUUUAUGGACAAGCUGCAUCCUCAAACUGGGUCAGAUUUUUUAUUAAUUGCGACAGAACCGUUUAAUCUCAGUCUGGCGGUAUUUGAAAAUGGAAAAUUAACAUUGAAAGAAUCAUAUCCUCUGAAAGAAAGGCAGGCAAUUAAACUGGAGUAUUUUUCACUUGUAAAUUUGGAUCCUCACCAAAGAGCGUAUGUUAUGCAUAUAUAUAAAGGAUUGAUAAGAGUGAUAGGGAUUAAUCUUUAUUAAUCUUUACACUUUAACGUCCAUUAUCAGGCUGCUCGACUAUAGCUACCUCAAGCACCUCUUUGGGGUGAAAUUCUCACCAUUUCCUCUGGCAUGCCAAAGGUGUGACCACCUCGGGUUUUGAUCACUAGUGAAGAUGACAGUCUUGGAGUUUGGGCUUUAACGACUCUUCUUUGAACUCAAGCACUUACUUGAGUCCGAAUGGCACCCUAAAGGUUCCAGUUUCCACAGCCUGGGUAAGUGAUGUCCUUUUUGAAAAAUUUAAUCCCUAAGGUCAGGAGUUUGUACUGAAAACUGUCUCUUCUUCCCUGACAUAGCUGGAAUAAUUUCACCAGGGAAAACCAAACCUCAUAAUUAAAAUAUGAAAUAGAUGAAUUUCCGGUCGGGAGACCAGAAAAUUCGAGUGACGCUGUAUUUUAAUUAUUGAGUGAUAGGGAUCAAGCAGAAUUUUACAGUAGGAGUUUCGUUCAAUGCAAGGAUUGAAGAAAGUCCUGUCAUUGAUAUGAGAUUCUUACAAAAUUAUCAAGAACUGCAGCUAGGGAUUAUUUUUAAAAAAGAAAGUAAUUUUGUGUUUAAAGCUUUCCCAGUCAGCUUGUCAGAGAAAAAUCUAGGAGAAGCUUUAUGGAGUGUUACUAUUGCAGAACCUUGCACAAAGUUCUUAAGCUUAGACCAAAGUAGUAUUGGCAUUAUCGACAUGAAUUCAAUAAAAAUCUAUCGAGAACAAGAGAAUGUCCCUUCAUUGUCCACAAACGCAGAAUUCGGAAAAGUUUGUGUAGUGCAUAAUAUUGAUAACCAAAGAUGGAUUGUGGGAAACCAAGGUGGAAAUUUGUUUAUUAUUUUCUUGGGGUGUGAACUUAAAGUUGAGUGUCUAGGAAGAUGCUCAAUGGCAAGUAGCAUUUCAUACUUACUCUCUCUUUAAAUUUAACAAAAUUUUAUUAUUAAUGAAAAAAUAAUAAUUUCUAUAUAAUAAAAGUUUGGCCCUAUUUAAUGGAAAGAGAGCAAGUAAAAGUUAUUACCUUAAUGGAUUAAUUUUAUGAGUUAUUUCUUCAUAAAGAAUAAUUAUUUUUUUAAAAAAAACACUUCAAUUAAAACAGUUUUGUGGCUCCAAUCUAAAAGGUGGAGUAUUAGACAAUAAUUAUCUUUUUAUUGGGUCUGCUUGUGGUGAUUCACAAUUAAUUAAAGUGCUGACAGAAAGGCAAGAAAAUUCUUUUAUAUCAGUUGAACAAAAAUACCAAAAUAUUGGCCCAAUUUUGGAUUUCAAAGUGAUUGAAGGCGAAAAAAAGGGUCUUUGUAAUAUAAUUUCCUGCUCAGGUUAUAACCUUGAUGGUUCUUUGCGUUUAGUUAAUAAAGGAAUUAGCGUUACCACAGAAAUCCAAAUGGAGAUCGGCAAUGUAAUUGGUCUAUAUACCCUGCAAGUAGAAAAUACUGAUUACAAUCAUAUAAUUUUAAGCUUUAUAGAUGCUACUAGGAUACUGAAAAACCAGAACGAAGUUUUAAAGCCAAUCACGUACCCAGACAUAGACUCAAAAAUAUCAUCAAUUUACAUUGCAAUGACAAAGUUUGGAAUAAUCCAAGUUACCCGCUUUUUUAUUCAGCUCUUAAAUUUCCAGUGGCAGCGGGUUUUCAUUAUAAAUUCUGAAGAAAUUCGAGAAAAUUCUGAGAUCACGCUUGCCUCCUCAUCUGACGAUAAAAUGUGUGUUGUGCUUAAUGGGCUGGAGAUAUAUGAAUUUUCUAUAAGAGAAAACCUUUUAGAAAGAACUAUCCAAUGAAUUUCUCAUAAUGAAAUUGCUUGCAUUGGGAUGUCAAAUAAUCUGGUUGCGGUUGGACUAUGAAUUGAGCUAAAUAUCAUUGUAUUUGACGCAAAUAGCUUCACUGAGAUAUGGAGAGACCAUUUAGGAAGCGAAGUUCUUCCUCGAUCUCUAAUGUUUGCUGAGCUUGAAGAUAUAGAAUAUAGUUAAUACCCCUAUAUGGAUUUCUUUAUCAAACAAAAUACAAUAGAAAGUAUAACAAUCAAGAAAGACUUAUUUAAAGGAACGAGCUGGAUCUCUAUACAGGAAAAUUUAAAAAAAUGGUAUGUCAUAAAAUGAUUGGCAAGUAAACGCACAAAUUUUUAAAAUGCUUUAUUAUAAAAUUAAAUUUUAUUUUUAGAUACUUUUUAGACUGCACUAAAAAAUAUAUUAGCUACAUUUUCUCUUCCCUGUCAAAAUUAGGUUCAAGCAAAUAAAAUAGGUUAAAUUAAGAGUGCCUAAUCAUUAUAAUAAGGCAUGAUUUUUUAGAAGCCUCUAACAAUAUUUCCAUAUUUAUACUAAAGCCAUUUAUAUGAGCCCUUCUAUAAGUAAGCACCCUCCAGAGCUAAAAAGUUUAUAAAGAUUAUUUGAAUCAAAAAUUGAUCAGCCGUUUUGAAGCACAAUUCGUGACAAAUUUUAAUUUUUAAAUAUAAACCAUUUAUAUUUUCACUGUAGGUAGUUUCAUAAUUGGCAUUAAGAACCCCAUGAUUAAGAAUCCUCCGAAUCUAAAAAGUAUAGCGAAUCAAGAUUAUUAUUUCCUAAUAUAAUAAUUGGAAUAUAUAAUACAAAAAAUAUAUCAGCCGCUGUGAUGCACAGUUCGUGACAAAUUUUUAAUUCUUAAAAAUUAAGAAAAUAUUAUUUGACUUUUAAAAGAAAUGUAUUUUUAGUUUUUUUACUCAUCAAUGACUUCUCCAUUGCAUUUUUAUGACACUAAUUAAUGUAAAUAUUUAUAGGUCUUAACUUUUAUAAUGAUUAUGUACUUUAAAUUUAAACUUAUUUCUUGUUUGGACUUAAAUUCUAUAUUUAUUAGGGCCAGUCUAAAAAGUAUAUACAAAUAAAAAUUAAUUUUAUAAUAAAGCCAUUUUAAAAAUUGGCUCAUUCUUGUCAACUUUUUUCCCACUUGCCAACCGUUUUUUGGCAUGCUGCGAUUUAACUCUUCCCAGCAUAGAGAUCCAGUUCGUCCCUUUAAUAGGUCGUUUUUGGUCGUUAUACUUUCUAUUACAUUUUGUUUGAUUAAGAAAUCUAUAUAAGGAUACGGGCUAUACUUAUUUGCAGGCUUAGCUGAUGGUCAUUUGCUUACAUAUACCUUGCCACAUUUUAUAAAAAGAAGUCAGCUGAUUGGCACUCAUCAAGUUGUCCUAAAGACCUUUAAGUACCAAAAUAAGGUUUCUGUAUUUGCGGGAUGCGAUCAGCCUAAGAUUGUGUAUAGUAAUCACCAUAGACUUAUAACGUCAACAGUCAACUCAGACCCUGUACUUUGUGUUUCACCGUUUGGGACAAGAGACUUUCCUGACUGUCUAGCUCUAAUCAGUGGAAGAUCACUAAUUAUGGUUUCUAUUGAGGAUUUACAAAAUUUUACUAUAAGAACUUUUCCUCAAGGACUUACUAUGAGAAGAAUUGGGAUGAUUGAUGAUAGUUUUGUAUGCUUAGGCAGAAAUCAGGCCGGAGUUGACAGUCUUUUAUUGCUUUCUGGAGCGUUGACCAUAGAGUCUACGCACUCAUUUGAAUACUCCGAGUUAGUGAAUACACUUCUAGUAGAUAAAAAUAGAAUAUUUGUGGGAACUGGCAUAACUGAGGAAAGGAUUACAGAUCCAAAAUCAGGGUUUAUCCGAAUAUUUGCUAUCAGAGAUCGGCAUUUCUAUGAAAUUUCCAAUUUAAACGUCCUUGGCGGUGGUGUUUCUUCCUUAGUCCCUAUGAGCAAUGACAAACUUAUUGGAGGUGUGCAUAGCGUAAUUCAUUACUGAAGAAUUAACUCUGAAAAUCAAAUAACUUCAAUUGAUAGCAGCAACAAGAUCACUUACGUGCUUUGUAUGGACACUUAUAAUAACUUUGUAGCUAUAGCUGAUUUAAUAAAGUCAGUCACAGUUUUCUCUGCAGAUGAAGAAGGACUUACGAUUGUUGCAAAAAAUUAUUCCGCAAUGUGGCCAACCUGCAUCCAAUUUAUAUCUAAUACACUUAUAGCAGUUGCUGACAUGUUUGGGAAUCUUUUACUACUGGAAAUUCAAAAUCAUAUGAAAUUGAACCCUAUUGGAGGAAUCCAUAUAGGAGAAAAUAUCAACUGCAUGAGAAAAGGGACACUUGUACAAGUAAGAUCUGAUGAAUUUCCUGACAAUGUAGAAAGUAUCCUUUUUGCCACGACCAAAGGAACCCUUGGCGUUAUAGCAUCUUUACCUCAAGAUAUUUACAAUAUCUUGAAUCUUGUUCAAGAAGAAUUAGGCUUAAGGAUAUACUUCUUUUCUUGGAGUGGCGCUGCAAGUGCAGGCCACUCCAUGUGGAAUUCCUGUGUUGGUUUAACCAACAUAGGAGUUGGUCGAACCAAAACUGUGCGUUGGUUCGACCAACCCAUGAAUUCCCCAUGGAGUGGCCUGCGCUUGCAGCGCCACUCCAAGGAAGUUCCUAUACCACAAAUAGGGAAUAUGAGUCUAAAAAGUCAUAGAACUCCUGAGAUUGAGAAACAAAGUAUUAAUUUUGAUUUCUUUUUGGAUGGAGAUUUUAUAGAAACGUUUUUAGAUAUUUCGCCUGAAGAACAGUCAACUAUUUGUAUGGAUGUCGGGAUGAAGCUUGGGAAAGACUUGAAUGUGCAGGAUCUCCAAAAACUAAUUCUCUCAUUGUCGAAAGUGCAUUAA